CAGAAAAGGGCUUUUAUCUUUUAGUUUACUGUUGUCCGAAAAGUUUGGAAAGUUUCAAACUGUUCAUGGACUUCACGUCCAUGUUUCCUCUUACAAUUUAAUGUCUUUUAACCAGUGACUAAGUUCAUGGGGUAGGCAUGCCUAUCACUAAUAGCAGCCGCAACCACUAUACAAAAUUCACAGCUAAAGAUUCUUUCCACCGCUUUUCCUUUACUACAAUUUUUUUAUUUUUUUUUUUUGGGUUCUUCUUCCUCAUUCUUUGACUCCCAAGUUAACUAAACUUUUAAUGGCACCCACGAUCCUCCAAGUAAACUCUCCUUAUCUCUGUCUUAUUAAGGCCCUUUUGCUUGCAAUAAUGGUUGUCAGCUUCGGUUCUGUUCUUUCCCCCCUUUUAGAGUCCUUGCUUGAACAAUGAAAUUUGAAGACCUGAUGCAACAAAGUGAUCAUGAGAAGCAGAAAAGACUCGAUCUCGAGGAGGAGGUUGAGAACUUGAAAACUGAAUUAAAAGAUGAACAAGCAAUAAACAAGGUUUUGCACUGUGCUCUCCAUGGUCCGGUCUCUACACAUCCAUGUCUUACCUCUUUGCUUCCACCUCAAGUUCAGGGUUUGCUUUCAGAACUGGCAAUGGUGGAGGAGGAGAUCAUAUGGCUAGAGAGGAAAGUUGAUGAGCUGAAACUGAGCUUGUACGAGGAGAGAAAACAAACUGAGAAAUGGAAAAUACCGAGGAAGCAGCCGAGGAAGCUGAGGCAUUUACCGCCAAUCAAACCAGGGAAUUCAUCAGUGCUUAAUGAUAAUUCCAAUCAGCUAUCUAGAUCACAACAUUAUGAAGAAUUCAGAAAAGAGAAUAUGAAACUCAGAAGAGCUUCUUUUGGUUCUGCAGAAGAAAUUUCAUAUCUGCUUUCUACAGGUGAUGAAAAAUCAAGAAGAGGAGGAAGAACGCAAAAGGAGCAUCACAUGUAUAAAGAAAUUAAAGAAGAGAAACCAAAUGGGCUAUCAGAAGAACUAAUCAAAUGCCUAAUAGGCAUAUUUCUUGAUCUAAACCAGGUACCACAGAAUAGAGAAGAAUCAACAGCUGCCAUAGUCCCAAAGCUUAGCCUAUCCUGCAUGCAUUCAAAAGGCUCAAAGCACUCAUUUAACUGCAAAGCAUCAAUGUUUCUUUUCACCAACAAUAUAUCAAACCUUGAUCCCUAUGGCAUUAUGCCAGAUUUAGACAGCACUAUCAGGGACAUUGGACCAUACAAGAACUUCAUCCAGAUCGGACGAAACUCGUUAGAUCUCCGUCGUUUGUCAGAGUGUUCAGCAGUGGCCGGAAAGUUGAGGGUUUUGCUGCAUAGAUUAGGUAAUGUUGACUUAACACUCUUGACCUACAAGCAGAAGUUAGCAUUUUGGAUAAAUAUCUACAAUGCCUGCAUAAUGCAUGCAUUUCUAGAACAUGGACUACCUUCCUCGCAGGACAAAUUGUUAGCAAUUAUGAACAAGGCUGUGCUGAAUGUGGGCGGGAUAGUGCUGAAUGCUUUGGCUAUCGAGCAUUUUAUUCUACGGCAUCCACGUGAAGAAAAACAUGGUCCUCCGGAUGAGAAGGAAAUGCUGCUGCGACAUGCUUAUGGUCUUAUGUAUCCAGAACCCAAUGUGACGUUUGCUCUUUGCCGGGGCACUUGGUCCUCCCCUGCACUAAGGGUCUAUACCCCAGAAGAAGUGGUGAAUGAAUUAGGGAAUGCGAAAGUGGAGUAUUUAGAAGCUUCAGUUGGGAUUACAAGCAAGAGAAAGAUUGUGGUUCCCAAGCUUUUGCAAUGGCACAUGAGAGAUUUUGCAGACGACAUGGAAUCACUACUAGAAUGGAUUUACAGCCAAUUGCCACGCUCUGGGUCCCUGAAAAGAUUGAUGAUGGAGUGCCUAAAUGGAGAAACAAAAUCUUCUUCAACAAAAAUGGUGGAAAUUCAACCUUAUGAAUCCCAGUUCCGCUACCUGUUGCCCUUGUAAAACAAUAUUUAAGAGAAAGGUAACAGGAAAGAAAAAGUUGUUGCCCCACUUUUGCCAGCACAUUUCACGGAAGCACCUAGUGUCCUAAAGAUCAAAAGGAUCGAGGAUAAAAAGGGACCUAUCCUCAACAGCCUUCUCAAAUCGAGUUUUAAUCAGCUCAUUAUUUUUAGUGAUAUCAAUAUAUGCAAAUUUUAAAAAUUUGUGCGAGUUUCACUUGAAGAAAACAAGGGUUCAUUGAACCAUUAAUCCAUAUAAGAAUCCUGUCAAAGUAUACUAUAGCAAACCAAGUGAUGUACGGUACAAUAUAACAACAAACAGACUGAAACAAAGACCAUUGCUACGUGAAAGAAAAUACCUAACGGCAGACAAGAAAACCCUGAUUCUU